UAUUCGUGGUCGUGGGAGAAGAAAGGAGAAGUGAUCUGUAGCGUUUGUCUCCAAUUUAUCCUCGCCAGUCGCAGCACUUCUUCUUCUUCUUCGUUGGAUCUCCGAGCUGCGUCUUUGACCACCAACCAACCCUGCCGGUUCCAUCGCCUUCAGCGUCCCGUUGAAUAAAUUGAAAGAAACAUUGACUGAAAUGGCUGGACGAGUGAUCCACCAGUUACUGAGAAGGAAACUUGAAUCUCAGUCAACAACCUAUCCUUUUUUGUCAUCUCUCAUCACAAGGAAAGAUGAUGUUGGGUAUACUGGCAUGAAUUCCCUAAGGGCACUUGCACUCCUUGGAGCUGGUGUUUCAGGGCUUUUAAGUUUUGGAACGAUAACAUCUGCUGAUGAGGCUGAACAUGGAUUACCGCCUCCUCACUAUCCCUGGCCUCACAAGGGCAUUCUCAGUUCAUAUGAUCAUGCUUCGAUUCGUCGUGGUCAUCAGGUUUACCAACAGGUCUGUGCAUCUUGUCAUUCUAUGUCACUUAUAUCAUACCGUGAUUUGGUGGGUGUUGCAUACACGGAAGAGGAGACAAAGGCUAUGGCAGCAGAGAUUGAAGUGGUUGAUGGGCCUAAUGAUGAGGGUGAGAUGUUUACACGCCCUGGUAAACUCAGCGAUCGUUUUCCUCAGCCUUAUUCAAAUGAACAAGCUGCUAGGUUUGCUAAUGGAGGGGCCUAUCCUCCAGAUCUAAGUCUUAUCACCAAAGCUCGUCAUGAUGGUCAGAACUAUGCAUUUGCCCUUUUGACUGGUUAUCGUGAUCCCCCUGCUGGUGUCUCGAUUCGGGAUGGGUUGCAUUAUAAUCCUUAUUUUCCUGGCGGAGCAAUUGCAAUGCCUAAAAUGCUUAAUGAUGGUGCCGUAGAGUAUGAAGACGGUACACCUGCAACAGAAUCUCAGAUGGGGAAAGAUGUUGUGACAUUCUUGUCAUGGGCUGCAGAACCGGAGAUGGAAGAGAGGAAACUGAUGGGAUUCAAAUGGAUAUUCGUACUAUCACUAGCAUUACUUCAAGCAGCAUAUUACCGUCGCUUGAAGUGGUCAGUUUUGAAGUCUCGCAAGCUGGUUCUUGACGUCGUCAAUUAGCUUCCAUCUGCUUUUGGUUUCUACUUGUGCUUGUGGGGUAUUGAAAUCGACAAUAAUUAUUAUAUCAGAUCUAGUUUUUCUUGCCAUGUCAAAUAUGCUCCAAUUGGUAAUUAUAAAUGGAGUGACAUGAAGCUCGUUCUUUAUUGAGUUUGAGAUAACAAUAAGCUGCACCAUACGCCCGAUCCGCUUUGCUUAUUUCUUGUGGUAUCAGUUCCAAAUUUUUCAGGGUUAAUUGGUCUUAAAUGGUGGUUUCAAAAUGUUCAUUUUAUUGGCGUUUUACAAUUGCAAUCAGUGACAUUGAAGAAAUGAGAAUCAACAGGCGAUAUGUCCUAUUUAAGUUU